AAAAUCUUAUCCUCUCUCUUUUCUUCAGGUUAAAAUUCAAUGCUUGACCCCGAGAAGCAAACACAGGUCUUCUGUUUAUAGAAUAACUAUUCUGCUUUAAGUUAUGUUUGCUUUUUUGUAAAAAAUAUAUUUAUGUAUUUAUUCUUAUGGGAUAACACAGGAAGGGAGCAAAUUCAUUUGUGGAAGAAAUGAGUGUUUGUUCUGAUGAUGUAGACAGUAUAUCUGAUGUAUCUGACAAUACAUUCAGCAGGGCUAGUGGAUCUCCAUAUCGGGACUAUUUAGAAAAUACACAUCAUCGAAGAGAACUUAGCAGUAAGAGAAUAAGUCCACUGGCAACAUGUUCAGAUCACGAUACUGGGAGCUCCUUGUCCUUCUGGAUUGGGAAGCUCCCCCAACAAAGCAAUGUCAGUGGAUUGCAGAAGAAUAUGAAUGAGAGACAAGAUUCAACUUACUCUGAAAACAGCCUCUAUCCAUUAUAUGAUACCUCCGGAUCAAUACAUUCAUCUCCAGUAACCUCAAGUUCAGGGACACCGCUUCAAGGUAAAAUUCAAGAGUUUGGGAAAGCUUCACAUGCCAGCGAUACCACAUUGACAAGGAGUGUUGGUUCAUCUAAAGAUCUCCUGGAUGUGGGAAGAAAAUGCUACAAAGUUGAUGGUUGA